UAACAUGCAUGCGCUAUAAGAUGUUGGAAAUACCAGAAUGAUGUGCAUUUCUGAAUAUUUGAAUAAGUGUUUUUAGUAGAUUGCCUAAACCGAGUAUUCUGCACCUCUUUAAAUAUGGGCAGUAUUUUAUCUCGGCCUUGGGGCUAUGAGAGUAUAGAUGUGGAUGUCGUUUUCUCAAAAGACGUACAGAAAUGGAAGCACAGCGCAAUUUCGAUGCUGGAAAAUAUGAAAUUGGAAAACAGAGGACGUGAUCUCAAAUUAAAAGUGCACUGUAUGAACGCUCAAGAUGCUAUAGAUAAUAUAUGGAUCGUAUUUUGUAAGGUUGUGUGUUUUCCAGAGCAGGGAAAUGUUGACGUUGUAGAGUCAAUACGAAAUGUCCAGUUACCAAAAGCUGAAAAAGACGGCAUGGUUAUCAUGAUCGGAGAUAAUGCAGAGUUUGAAUUCGUUCCAUGUUACGAAGACUCGAGGAUUAAAUACAUUACAGUUGUCAGUUUUCCAGACAGCACAUACAGAGCAUGUUGGAUGAUCAGUGGCCUUAUUUCAGGGGAUUAUAGUAGAAGCGACAAAAAUACCUUUGGCAUUACAAACUGCAACAGUGAAAGACGAAAACAAUCCGAUGAUAUCCGAGAGGAAAGAGUUUCAAUUAAGAAUGAAAAUGAAUCGGCUGGUCUUACAUUUCAAUCAACAUGGGCUCGUUCUAACAAAAAAAGCAUUUACAUUAGAUUCUCGGCACCUUUGUCAAGAAAAGCGUUUUCAGCUUUCAUGGAGAAGUACCUUGUAGGGAUCGAGCCUAUUUGGGUGACAGGAGAAGACCCUGUAGAGGAAGGGUCCACCUGCCUCAUCCUCUGCUUCACACUGUCUCGUCUAAUGGAUGACAUUUCAGCUAUUGUGAAGAUAACACCAAAACGUUGUAAUUGUAUGCUUGUUGUGAUCCACAACUGCAGACAGGGAACCUCUCCUGGGCCAGUGCUAAAACAUAAUCCUGAUGACUGCUUCCAAGACUUUACUAAUAUUAUCUACGGCGAGGGUGACUGUUACAUUUGCUCCCUGAACUCAGAAGCAACAGAGACAAUUCAGGCCUUUAUCGAUAAAAACUUAUAAUUGCUUUUUAACCAGUAUGGGUUGAAUAAAAUAUUAGUUUGCUGCAGUAUAGCCAAAGGAAACAGUUUUUUUUCUUCACUUUUUGCACAUUACAUCGGAAUGUAAAAUCAUUACGUUGGAGAUAGUUAGCGGAGUCGUGAUGAUGUAAACCAAUUCAUGUCUAUGGAUCAUUCAGACGAAAAUGCCUAGCUUCAUAAUGUGGCAUUUAUAAAAAAAAAAAAGGACAACGAAAACUAUUAAUAAUCUAACAAUGGUUUUCUGUCUCAAACCUGCAAAUAAACGAAUUUCAUGAUGAAUUAUUAUUAUGAACAAAAGAUCCAAACGAGUAAAGUUGCAUUUCCGAAAGUAUUAUCAAAGUGACUGGUGGUGACUCACAAUUAACAAUUAUUUUAAAAAGGAGGGACAAGUGCUUUUUCUUGCACUUAAAAUCUGUAUCCGGAAAGAGAAUGCAUUUUGAAAAAGCAUAAACAUUUGCGAUGUUUUAAGUACAUUAUAAAGCAUGUGACGUUUUUACAAAUCUCGUUGGAAAUUCCUGAUGAAAAGAAUUAUUAUGAUUGUAUAUGGAUUCUAACCCCAUUUACUUAAGGUACCACUGUUCUUCUCUGGUUCAUAUAUUAACCCAGUUCAAAAAUUUUCUAUCGAGAGCUGAAUGUGAAGAUGAUUUGGUGAAAAUGACAGUACGUAGCUCUUUUUUUACUUCAGUAACUGCACAU